AUGCGUUCCGUCCUGAUCACCCUUACUGCAGCUUUGACUGCUCCCCUUGUGGCUGCUCUCCCACAUCCCGACGACUCCAACACCGCAAAACUAUUCCACAGAGGAUCCCAAUCCGACUUGAUCGCGCGUGCGGAUAUCCCGAAAGAGGACCAGGUCGGGCACUUAGUUACCAGCCACGGCUGCUUCUCAACCGGCGGUGGAUUCCCGCAGUGCAGAGACCUGAUCCUUAUGUCGUGGGGAGAAGACGGCGACUACGGCGACUGCAACACCCCGUCUGUGAACUCAGCGUUCGAAGACCCCUGCGAGAUCAAGGGGUCGGACGAAGUGAAGAUCGAUACGCCAAUGGGCGAGGGCAUUUUCCAGCCAGACUCGAACUGCGGCAAGGACGGGAAACAGGGGACUAUUAUCACGGCUUUGGAUGAUACCUCGGUCAGUGGGUAUGAGUGUGUCAAGGACGACCAUCAGUUCACGACGUGGUGUGGAUUUUCCUGGGCCAAUAACGCGGUUAUGAAGUGCACUUAUAAGGGAGAGUUCGAAUGA